CCCUUGAAAAGGACCCCGACACGGGUCAUCGGUGGUCAGUCUCUUUCUGUCUUGAGACCUGUCCGGUUCCCCGACUGUCGCCAUGGGAUCCAAAGGAGUUGUGCUCGUCCUGGCGCUCGUAUUGUUCAUGGUGUGCUUGGCGUACUGCCAAAGACAGGGAGGCGGCGGCCGUUACCCGCCGCAUGGAGGCGGGGGUCGCUACCCACCCCACGGUGGAGGUGGUUAUCCUGGCGGAGGUGGUGGCUACCCCGGCGGAGGCGGUGGCUACCCCGGCGGAGGCGGUGGUUAUCCAGGUGGUGGAGGAGGAGGAGGAUACUGCGGUGGUCGCCGAUGCGGACCAGGCUACCACUGUCGCGGUGGCCGCAGAUGCGUCCCGUACGGCAAAUGAAGUCCUCCACUGGCAAGCACCGAGUCACUUUCAGCGCAGGGCGACGCCAAGCUCAAGCAAUAAAGUCUGCCUUAAAAUUA